AUGAAGGACUCAUCGUAUGACCGCCUCUGGCGCCGGGAAAUAGGCGAGCCGUCGCGCCUUGCCAGUAUUCGCGGGAUCUAUGGAUCUAAAGAAUGGGUAGACGAUCUAGACAUCGUUAACGAGUUGGGUGGACAUACAGGCUGUGUGAAUGCAUUAUGUUGGUCGCGAUCUGGCCAACUUCUCGCCUCAGGAUCUGACGACCAUUACGUGAAUAUCUACUCCUACCAACCCGAGUCGUCAUCAGCGCCCUUUUCCCUAAAUACCACUCUCCAUACUGGCCAUAAGGCGAACAUAUUCUCCGUCAAGUUCAUGCCACACUCAAAUGAUCGUACCCUGGUAACAUGCGCUGGUGACCAUCAGGUUCGGGUCUUUGACAUCGAAUACUCUAGCAGUAAUGGUAAUCUUGAGGCUACGUCUGCAUUUACUGCCUCCGCCCGAAGUCGGCGAUUCAACAAUUUUUUCACAAAUACCCGGUUCCUGACUGCAGAGAAUACCAAUAGCCGUGUCUAUCGUAGCCAUGCGGAUCGUGUUAAGCGUAUUGUCACUGAGUCGUCCCCGUAUCUAUUCCUUACGUGCUCCGAGGAUGGUGAGGUACGACAAUGGGAUCUCCGUCAGCCUUCCUCCGCGUAUCCUAAGCCGUUAGGUGGUCAAGGCCCCAUGCCUAUCGGCCGGGGGUGGUGCACGAUGAUUCGAAUGUUCCUCCACCGCUGA